AUGUCUGCUGUUUCCGCCUCGAAAGCUAAGAGAGAAGCCAAGCGUGCCGAGAAAGAAGCCGCCAAGGCCGCCGCAGGAAAGUCCACCAAAAAGACUAAGAAGCAGGCCCAGAAGGAUGCCGAAGAGAAGGACGUGGACGAUGCCGAUGCCCAGAUCGCCAAAUUGAAGUUGCAGACUGACGAGCACGGAUUGUCUGACCGUGUGACCACCGGUGUUUUGGACUCCUUGGAGACGUCCAGAGAUAUCAAGAUCUCUUCGCUUUCGCUUUUGUUCCACGGUAAGGUGCUUAUCCAGGACUCCACUUUGGAAUUGAACUACGGCAGAAGAUACGGUCUUUUGGGUGAAAACGGAUGUGGUAAGUCGACGCUUUUGAAGUCGCUUGCUGCCAGAGAGUACCCAGUGCCAGAGCACAUUGACGUUUACCUUUUGAACGAGCCAGCUGAGCCAUCUGACCACUCUGCGUUGAACUACGUUGUCAGAGAGGCCGAGGCUGAACUUAAGAGAAUGGAGGACCUCGUGGAGGAUAUCAUUGUCAAGGACGGUCCUGAAAACCCAGCGCUUGAAGGUUUGUACGAGAAGAUUGACUCCAUGGACCCAUCGACUUUUGAAUCCAGAGCCGCUGUCAUCUUGACCGGUUUGGGUUUCACCCCUAUCACCAUCAACAAGAAGACCAGAGACAUGUCUGGUGGAUGGAAGAUGCGUGUGGCUCUUGCCAAGGCACUUUUCGUCAAGCCUACUCUUUUGCUUCUUGACGACCCUACUGCCCAUUUGGACUUGGCUGCCUGUGUGUGGUUGGAAGAAUACUUGAAGAGAUGGGAGUCGACCUUGAUCUUGGUUUCCCACUCCCAGGAUUUCUUGAACGGUGUGUGUACCAACAUGAUUGACAUGAGAAUGAAGGUGCUUACCCAGUACGGUGGUAACUACGACUCUUACGUCAAGACCAGACAAGAAUUGGAGACCAACCAGAUGAAGCAGUACCACAAGCAGCAGGAAGAAAUCCAGCACAUCAAGAAGUUUAUUGCUUCCGCUGGUACCUAUGCCAACUUGGUCAGACAGGCCAAGUCUAGACAGAAGAUCUUGGACAAGAUGGAAGCCGACGGUUUGAUCCAGCCUGUUGUUCCAGACAAGGUUUUCACCUUCCGUUUCCCAGACGUGGAGAAGUUGCCUCCUCCAGUGUUGGCUUUCGACAACAUGUCCUUCUCCUACUCUGGUAAGGACGAAGACAACUUGUACGAAGGUUUGGACAUUGGUAUCGAUAUGGACUCGCGUGUGGCUCUUGUGGGUCCUAACGGUGUGGGUAAGUCCACGUUGUUGAACUUGUUCCAGGGCAAGUUGGUGCCUCAGAAGGGUAGAGUCAUUCAGCAUACACACAUCAAGUUGGGUGUCUACUCCCAGCACUCCCAGGACCAGUUGGACUUGACCAAGACUCCAUUGGAGUUUGUGAGAGACAGAUUCUCCAACAUCUCCCAGGACUUCCAGUACUGGAGACAACAGUUGGGUCGUUUCGGUUUGACCGGUGAAGGCCAGACCUCCCAGAUGGCUACCUUGUCUGAGGGCCAGAGAUCCAGAGUUGUUUUCGCUCUCUUAGCCAUUGAGUCUCCUAACUUGAUCUUGUUGGAUGAGCCCACUAACGGUUUGGACUUGUCCACCAUCGACUCCUUGGCUGAUGCUAUCAACUCUUUCAACGGUGGUGUUGUUGUUGUGUCGCACGACUUUAGAUUGUUGGAUAAGGUUGCCAAGGACAUUUUCGUCAUUGAGAACAAGACUGCCACCAGAUGGGAGGGUUCGAUCUUGGACUACAAGAAGAUGUUGGCCCAGGAAGUGGUGCUCUAA